UGUCGUAUAUACACAUUCUUUUUCCUUCUGCUUCGUUAUAUUUGCAAUAUGCAAGGAUACAAAAAUAAAUAUCACCUCGCAAACGACAGCUUAAUAACAACAAAUUCUUCAACCAACAACCCGUGAUUAUUUCACUAUGUACAUCUUCUCAUAUUUCGCUUUUCUCAACAUCAGCAAUUUGCUAUCGUAAAUUCAUUCUCGAAAUGUCCACCCAACCAUUAAAAUCUGAAACAGAUGUCGAAGAUGUAGAAAUCUGUCAGAAACGACCAGUGGUACCAGAUGGAGGUUGGGGGUGGAUCGUCUGCUUUGCUGCAGCUUGUACUUGUUUUACAGUAAAUGGACUGACAAGCUCUACUGGAAUAUUCCUUAUCGGCCUCAGAAGAAUCUUUGAUGACCCAGUCUCGAAGCUGUCCUUAAUCGGUGCACUGAUAACCGGGCUUAGCAUGCUUGCAGCUCCAGUUGCCAGAGUUCUGUUGAAUUACUUUAGCCAUCGGACAGCGAUGAUAUUAUCCGGCUUUAUUGGAUGCAUAGGGGCUAUAUUGGGAGCAUUUUCUACCAGUAGUGAUAUGAUGAUAAUAACAUAUGGUUUCAUAUCAGGUUUAUCCACCGGAAUAUCUUUUUUCGCCUGUCAUAUCAUUACGGGGCUGUAUUUUGAUAAGAAACGAGCGUUGGCCAUCGGAAUUAUCAACUGUGGUGGAGGGGUGGGGUUAAUGGUAAUGAGCUUGUUUCUUGAGCAUUUCAUAGAAUUCUAUGGACUUCGAGGUUCCUUGCUUCUUAUAUCGGGGCUGCUCCUUAAUUUCGUCGUUUACGGAUCGCUUUGCCGACCUUUGCCCUCUACCUACACAGAUGCUAAGGAGACGGCAUAUGUUGACUCGACUAACCCCAGUUUAGCGAUGGAACUUACGUCUGCAAUACCAGAAUCUGAAUACGGAGAAAACGCAAAAACGAAAGUAAAACUGAACGGGGUUUCGGGUAUAUCUAAUGAAAAUCAGAAUACGGAGAGUCUUCCAGUAGCAGCAGCAGAUAAUAACUUCAUUAAUGAUGUGUCCAUUGUAAAGAACCAGAAAGGCGACAGAAAUUCCAUCAUGGAAACUAUGUUCAACUGUAAUUGGUGCUGAACGUUUUAGAAAUAUUAAUUUUGUGUUACUGACGAUGUCCUACACUUUUUGGGUGUUUGCCAUGACAACGUACACAUAUAUUCCACCUCUGUGUGUUUGGACGUUUGGAAUGAGCCAAAAGCAAGCUGCGAUUUUGAUAUCACUUCUAGGACUAUUAACAACCAUUGGUAAUGUGAUACUCGGAGUGUUUGUCGACCUGUUUCAUAUUAGUAGCAACAAGAUGUACAUCUUGUCUAUGUCGAUAAUCACAAUUUGUGUGACGAUGGUGCCACACUGUGACAAGUUCGAAUACAUCACUCCUGUGAUUUGCCUGUUUGGACUCGCAAAUGGUUUUUCGGUAUCCCUCCGACUUAUCCUCACUACAGAAAUAUCGGGUUUAGAUCACGCGACAAAAGAUUACAGCAUUCUAAGUUUCGUCAGUGGAAUUUCAUAUUUUGCUGCUCCUCCUCUCUUCGGACUGAUUUUCGACACUACAAAAUCAUUUCUGGCAGUUUACUAUGGUGGUGGAGCAUGCGCACUGACUGGUUUAAUAUUAUUUUUGAUAAUUGUCUAUCGAAAUAUAUUUUGCAAGAAACGGUUGAGGAAGUAAACUCUGGUUUCCAAAAUGUUUUUA